CGCUCUCCCCUCACCAACGACAUUAAUUUAAAACGAGAAACAACAAAUAUUUCCAGCAUGACGUCAGGCGUACCCGUAGGCGAUAGUCCAUUUGGUCCUACCGAAAUGACACCCGAAGAACAGAGACGACACAUGUCUGGACUCUGCUGCUUCAACUGGCUGGGGCUAACGUCUCUCGCAGCCUUCAUCUGUGGAGUUUAUUCCUUCGCAUACUGCAACUUCUUGUCUCGAUACGUCACAUUGAGCGAUAAUUAUUCCCCCGGUGACUUUGCAGCCGCCUGUAGCGACUUGGGAUAUGAAGAUGGAGACUCCUUCGAUGCGCAAACUUGUCAAUCCAUCAUGGAGGACCACGCCAUUGGUUUCUCCUAUUGGCAAGCCACCAUCCCAGUUGAUCAAAGAGUCUGCUUCUCGUACACUCAGCUAACUCCAUGGGGAUAUGCAUCGCCAGACUUUGACUCGAGCUUCUUCACGAGUCGUACCUUUGCCAUUAUUGGAUAUGUCUUUGGGGGCAUGGCUUGGUUCACCCUUGCUUGCUCGAGUUGCUGCAUGAUCGACCAGCAACGCCUCAAGGGAAUUGGAUGCUAUUUCAUCAUUGCGAGCUUUUCACAGGGUCUCUCACUUGUGAUGUUUCGUUCAAACAUCUGCGAGAAAGGAUUCUUUGAACCAUACUUCGUUCCACCAAGUCAGCGAGACAACGAAACGUACCUUGAAAGCUUCAAUAGCGUUGUUGCGGAUGUCGAGUGCGAGUUGAGCUUUGGAUCGAAGAUGGCAAUCAGCGCAUCUGUCCUAUAUUUUAUCUGUGCCUUGAUGGUACCAUUUUCAGUGGUUCCGCUGUACGAACAACGAUACUACCGACGCGAUUUUGAUGGCGAUCAGCAACAGCGAGGUCAAGACGAAGCUUCUCCGUCUCCACUUCCGGAAGGUGAAGGUCCGGUCGUUCGAGGACACGUGACAGGAAAGGUUUGAUUCUGUGAAACGAUAAGUGAAAGCAAAUCCGGAUUGUGCCGAAAAUAAUGCACAUCAAUACCCUUUUAAGUGAUUCAAUGUUUUAUGUCCAUCAAAGUAACAAUGGCUUACCUUGUAGAUUCUGUAGAAUUGCAGCAAAAGCACUGACCAGCGCUGACGGCAUUCAUUAUCAAAUUACA